AACUCAAGUCUAGGUGGUUUCACAUUUACUCACCCUCCCCUAUGAUGCUUCUGUUUCCAGUGGUGCAUCUUGGCUGAAGCCUUCCACCAGCUGAUGACUGCAGAGUAGGUGCAGAGGGCAUGUUUGGGCUUGGAAUGAUGAGAGUUUGCUGUUUUGUCAUCGCUUCCUGGUAGCAGAUCCAUAAUUACAGGGUUACCAUCUUGUCUCUCCCAUCUUCUCAGCUUGAGCUUGUAGAAAGCUGCUGUCUGCAUUGUGAUCAUCCUGGCACUCUUUGGUUUGAGUCGUCAGUGUCCAGCAUCAGCAGUGCUAGAUACCUAUGUGCUUUGACCAAAGCUACGUGUUUAAUAAUGGGGGUUUAAUUUGUAACUGUUUCCCUCUAACAGGGGAAGGUGGGAAGACCUCUGCCCCCUCUCUGUCCUGGCUGUUGGCUCAGAGCAAUGUACAAAGGAAGCUGAGUUGAGGUUCUCCUGUAAAGAAAACAACCCACCUCCUGCCCUGUUCCUUGUAGGCUCAGACCCUGAGGGAGCCCAGCAAGGUCUCCUCAAUAGGCCUUGUACAUGGCAGGGCAGAAGCAGCCCUCAGUGGUUCAGUGUUCCUGAAGGUGGCUGGGUUAAUGCAGAGAUGUCCUGGUCCUCCAAGUGAAAAGCCUCUGUUGCAUUCACCUUGGGCAGCCAGGGAGUUUCUGCUGUGUCUUGUGAGACUUCAGAAGGCCAGGGGAGCCACAGACAGGCUGGGAAGCCGCAGAGCAAGGUGGACAGCAUGUCAGCCAAGUGCAGAGGGCGGGGUCGGGACAGGAUGGGGCUAGGAGAUUCCAAAGGGCAGGGGAAGGUGCAAGUCCUCUGGGUGUUCCCUCUUCCUUGGUGCCACUGACUUGGCAAACUGCCUCAGACUGCUUUGGUGACAAGCCCGUGUCUGCACUGAACAGAUCAUAGAUGCUAGGGUUGGAAGGGACCACAACAGAUCAGCGAGUCUGACCCCCUGCCCUGGGCAGGAAAGAGUGCUGGGGUCAGAUGACAAGGCAGAGCAAGGAGUGGCAUUGCUUGUGAGUUGGCAGAGCUUCCUCAGUUCCUUCAGAACGGGCUCUGCAACACCUACCGCUGUCCUCCUUUCCUCCUGACUGCAAAGCCCCUGUCCACAGCUUCCACCUGUGGGGACCUGUGUGGGAUUCCUACCACCCAGGGCUGGGGAGCAUCUCUGUGUUGCCUGUAGAAGUCUUAGGCCCUGCUUCUGUGUGCAUCUGUGGGAGUGUUGCUGUGGAGGUGGCUGGGGACUGGAACUGGGUCUGGCCCAGCCCUUUGCUGUUUGAGCUAGACUUGUCCUUGGGUGCCUGGAAACCUUACAACCUGAUGAUCGCCUUCACGUAGCAGUAGUCAUGCGAAGGGGUCCCCAUCUCGUUAAAUUUGAGUAGCUGGAUGGAGCUGGUGUUACUUGCUGUUGCCUGGGCCCCUGUGGAAGUGCCUUAGUCCCCUCAAGCCCUAAGCUUGUUGCUACACCCUGAUGUACGAAGGAGAAACGGGAUUCUGUCAAUCCCUGCUGUGCCAAGCACUGAUUCUCCAUUUCUGUGUGCCAGUGUUUGUGAGGCCAAUAAAGUACCAGAGAGCUGGACACGUCACUGCUGCUCCAGUGUCUGCUAGAAGAAGAGUCUUCUCUCUCGUUAGCUGUUCCCGUGUCUGGGGAAGAGGAUGGGAGCAGGGGUCUGCAUCUGGCCUAGUGCCUGUGCUGCCGUUCUCACCCUUGCUUUCAGUGCAUGGUGUUAGCUGGAGGGUCUCUCUUGUACCGAUGCCAGGCAAGCUUACUGCUGCCUGAGGCUUGCCUUGUCAAUAAAUCACUUUCCCAUGCCAGGCUGCCAUUCUCUUUACUGGCUAGAAAUGCACAGACACAUGGUGGAGUUGCAAGAAGAGCUUGGGGGAUUUCCAGCCCUGAAGAGGAUGGCCAGAGGGGUGAUGGCCAGCAACUCUGAGUGCCUCAGUCCAGUUCAGUCCAGGCCUAGCUACAUAUUAAUGGGGCACGAGCUGAUGCUCCUGGAGGGCUGGGCUGUCUAGUUCCAAGCUCUGCCUGGCAGGUGUCUAGCUCCUAUGUGGGCAGGAUAACUAAAGCUGGUCCAGUCAAGGCCAUGAUGUUUUCACCUUCUACCACAGAAUGCUUUAGAAGUUUGCAUUCCCCAGUUUUGCUGUGGCUAGCUAAACUAGAAACCACAUGGGGAAGGGACAGUGGCAGACUUUCCUGUCAGGCUAGAGGGAAAUGGUUGCAGGAGCUGUCUGCUCAGAGCUGUGGUGAAACGCAUAGCUGUGCAUCACUGCAGAGUUCUCCUUUGCAACUGAACCUAAAGCGCUUUGCAGGCCAGAGGCUCGAUCCCGCUUUUGGUCACACUAGCAUGCAGAGCCAGCUGCUUUGCUAGCUGUCUGGGGAUGCAAUGCGGCAGCUGCCGCGGGACCAGCAUCAGGGAAACGGCGAAGCCAGACAUCUGCAGCUGAAGCUGUGGGGUGAGGUGCAGAAGGGAACUGCGAGCACAAGGCAGCCUGUGUUCACGCCAGCCAGCCUCAGGCUCUGGCCUCUAAGCAGGAAGCAGCCAGUGGCAUGAGACCCAACACAUAGCCCCAUUUAGGGCACGCACAGCAGCAAGAUCUAGGCCAACUCGAGGACUCAGAGGCUUGGAGCUACCCUACAUCCUGUGAGCUCACGGCUCUGAAGCCGAGCGCUAGGUGUACCCCCACCUCUGAAGUAUGCGUGCGGCUGUCUAGCACUUCCACCGCAUGUUCUCUGCUUCCAUUGCACUAACUUCUGUUUCCCUUUUUGCACUCCUCCCCCUCUCACAAUAAAAGUCUUCCCCAUGCAUGACAGAGACUCAGAGGAAUCUGAGCUGCUCAGUUUGAAUAUCUGGCAAGUGCAACCUGAAGCAGAUUCAGCACCUGGUUCAUCUAGAGCUUCAGUAGGUUUCUGAAUUGGUCCCAGGAGAGCCCUUUCUGCAGGCAAGAGGGAGUCUGCUCCAAGCCGCUGUGGGAUGUGUCCUUCCCUGGCUCUCGUGCUGAUGCUGGUGGCACUGGGGAGUGGCGGGGCGCUGGACCCCAGGGUCCUCACUUGCCCGGAGCUGCGGGCUCAUGUCGGGGCCUCAGUCCUGCUGGAGUGUUUCCUCCUGGUCCCAGGGGACGGAGCCUGGACAGUGACCAAGGUGGACUGGGUGCACACGCCGAGAAACAGCACGGAGUCGGAGGCGGUGGUCUUCUACUACUACAGCGGGCGCAGCAUCCCGGCAGGGCGCGCCCGGGAGCGCGUGCGGUGGCUGGGGGACGUGUCCCGUGGCAACGGCUCCAUUGGGCUGCAGGACCUGCAGGAAGGUGAUGGUGGCACCUACACCUGCGAGAUCCGGGUGUCCGGGCACAGCAGCAUCUUCAAGAACCGCACGGCGCUGCACGUGGUCCCCGCCGCACGCAGCCGCUCCUGGGCUGUGGUGACCGUGGGCCCCGAGAGCGCCGGGGGCAGCGAAGGAGGCAGCAACACCGUGGGCUACGCCUGUGCAGCUGUUGGCCUGGCCCUCGCCCUCUUGCUGGCUCUCGGGCUGGCGCUCCGGACACGAAGGCCCGUGGAGACCAAGGCCCUUGCAAAGAGCUGGGAGGACGGCAGUAAGAGCAAAGCAGAGAAAAGCAUCUACUCCUCCAUCCACUGCCUGGGGAUGCCCAAGGCUGUGUGCGAGGCCGAGCAGAGGGGCAAAGCCGAGGCAACCUACGUCACCAUGCAUCCUGUGGCUGCUCUCCCCAGCGCAGGCAUCAUGCUGCUGGAUGACAGCACCUACAUCAACUUGGUGAGGAAGACAAUCCCGGCAGAGUGGAGGCAGAAAGGACUGCAAAGCGAGGGUGAAGCCCAGGGAAGCAGGAAAGCUGGGGAUGAGGCCCACCCUGGCAAAGCCACCCUGGACAUUGGCUUGGGGCAGGGGUGAGCUCUGGCACUCAGCCCCAUGGGGACAGGGACCCUGCUACGUGCUGACCCGGGGCUCCUCCGAUCUCUUUGGACUGCAAUGGUGCCUGGAGGCCUGCUCAGGAUUGGGGCCCUGCACUCACCACGAUGUCCACAUGCCCCUAAGAAUGGAUGCGGCGCGGGCUGGGCGCCUGGCCUGGCAUCCGGGGCCUGCUGGCUGCCGCAGGGACCUGGUGGGACAGGGAGCGCAGCUGGGCCUCAAGCGAACGGCUCGUGCUCUGGGUUGGUUCUCGGCCCGGAGCGAGCCGGCACGCGGUGGUGCCCCCGGACAGGCAGUGGUGGUAGGCGCGGCCCCAAGCUCGGCUGUGGCACCUCUGGGCCCAGGGGCUUAGCCGCGUGCCAGCGAGAGCCGUGCCGAGGCGCCGGCAUCCUGUUUGGACAAUAAAGCGCCAAGCGGAGCGGAGCCAGGGGGUUUCCUGCUCUUGGCUAGCGUUUUCUUUUCCAGGGCCGCGGUGUGGGGGGAACUGCCCCACGUCCUAGCGCGCAGCUCAGCAGCCUCCGUGCCGCGUGGGCAGGUGCCCCGUGCAGCCCCUGGCGCCCACAUGGCACGUCUCCAUCUGCCUGCUGCGAGAGCCCAGAGCGCCCUGGGCACGGGAUGGGGUGGUCCUGACGAUGCCCUGGCACCACUCGACCCCUGGCCCCCCUUGCAGACGCCCGGUGCUGGGGCGACCGCACCGGGGCAGGCGCUGCCCGGGGAGCCCCGGCUGCGGGCGGGAGCCGGCCGGGCGCGCCUCCCCGCCUCUAUAUAUAGAUGUGUGACACCUCCAGGUGCAGAGCUCCCAGCCCUGGCGGGGACCCUCCGCACGGAUGCAUGCAGCUCGCGGCUGGCGCUGCAGUCUGUUGUUUCACGUUGCCACCCCACUCGGUUUUCUCACAGAGGCAGCGUCGCCCGCUGCUGAGCCGCGAGCAGGCAAAUUUCACGCACCGGACGCGAGUCGCCACGGGCAGCUGUCCCCUCCGCGC